CCGGGCCGCCUGUUCGCGCGGGCCGCCGCCGUCGUGUCGGGAGUCGCGGUCGCUCGUGUCGAUGCUGACGCGCGAGGAGAGCCCGUCAAAACUCACUGCGUUUGCGGCCCGGGCUUGCCCCUUGUACGCCAGCACUGCACCAGCGGUCGGCCAAAAGGGGCGACUGCAAACCUGCGGUGCGUUCAAUGAAGACCUGCGCUGACGAACAGCUCUGAGCGCGCCCCCAGCCAGACACGCUGAGGGAAACUUACUGACGAUGCCUGAAGGCGCACCUGCAGGUUUUCUCUGCAGGUCAGGGACAGGCGGCGCGCGAGCCCCUCACAGCGCCCCUCGGCCAGGCCGAGGCAGCAGCAUCUCCUCGCCCCAGGCUCCCACCUGCCUCCACAGAGCGGGACGCUCGCACCGCCGCCCUAGGGCGGGACACAAAUACAGACACACACACGGACGCACGCCUCCGCCUACAGCGGCUGAGAGCCACCGCGCAUGCGCAGGGAGAGGGCGGCGCCUGCGCGCUUCAGCCGUGCCGCCGCUGGGGCGGGCCGUGGAGGCGGCGCAGCGCGGCGGCCCGGUGGCCGUGGGAGCUUCUUCCGGGCGGUGGCGGCGGCGGCCGCCUCUCUCGCUCUCAAAAUGGCGGACGGAGGCAGCAGAGGGUCCGGAGCGGCGGCAACGAGAGCGGCGGGGGGCCGGGUCCCCGCGCAGCCUCAGGAGCGGGCUAUGUGGUGUGAUGAAAGAUUCGACUUCCAAGCUACGUUUUUACAGUGCUUGGCAAAACAUGUGCCAAAUAUUUACUCAGCUGAGAUGGACCCCUUGCUGGAGAAACAAGAAGAAAUGGUCCAGGCAGCAAUAUUUUACCCCCUGGAAUGUUAUUUAUUUGGGGAAGACCCAGAUACAUUUCUAGAGAAGCUACAGCAGAGCGGAAUCUCCCAGCUCUGUGGAAAGGUGUUCAAAGGAGGGGAGACAACAUAUUCUUGCAGAGACUGUGCAGUUGAUCCAACCUGUGUACUCUGUAUGGACUGCUUCCAGAAUAGCAUCCAUAGGAAUCACCGGUACAAGAUGCAUAGCUCCACUGGAGGUGGAUUUUGUGACUGUGGGGAUACAGAGGCAUGGAAGGCUGGACCAGUGUGUACUAAACAUGAGCCUGGAGCAUCAGGUUCUCCAAAAGAAAGUUCUGAAUGUCAGUUAAAUGAAGAAGUUAUGGAGCACUCUAGGAGGGUAUUUCCCUCCGUGGUAAAAUACAUUGUAGAUAUGCUUAUAUGGGAAGAAGAGAAGGAGCUGCCUCCGGAGCUCACAAUUAGUAGGGAGAAGGUUGACAGCUACUACUGCGUCCUUUUCAAUGAUGAACAUCAUUCUUAUGAUCACGUCAUCUAUAGCCUGCAAAGGGCGCUUGGCUGUGAACUUGGUGAAGCCCAGUUGCACACUACUGCUAUAGAUAAAGAGGGUCGGAGAGCUGUUAAGGCAGGACAUUAUGCUUCUUGUCAGGAAGCAAAGGAAGAAAUCAAGAGGCAUUCUGAAAAUGUUUCACAACGACCACUUCACGUGGAAGUUCUGCAUGCUGAUGUCAUGGCUCACCAGAAGUUUGCCUUGCGCCUUGGUUCUUGGCUGAACAAACUCAUGAGCUAUUCAAGUGACUUUCGCAAGAUCUUCUGUCAAAUAUGUCUAAAAGAUGAUACUGGAUCUGAAAAGCCAUGCUUCAUAAGCCAGUUAAUGCUUUGGGAUGCAAAACUUCAUAAAGGAGCAAGGAAGGUUCUUCAUGAGCUUAUCUUCAGUAGUUUUUUCAUGGAAAUGGAUUACAAAAAACAUUUUGCUGUGGAAUUUGUAAAGUAUUACAAGACAUUGCAAAAAGAAUACAUCAGUGAUGAUCAUGACAGAGUUCUUUCUGUGACAGCGCUCUCAGUUCAGAUAUUCACUGUACCUACUCUGGCUCGCCACCUUAUCGAAGAGCAAAAUGUAAUCACUACCAUUACAGAGACACUCCUGGAAGUCCUUCCAGAGUAUCUAGACAAAAAUGACAAGUUCAACUUCCAAGGUUACAGCCAGGAUAAACUGAAUAGGGUAUAUGCAGUAAUAUAUGACCUCAGGUAUGUUUUAAUCAGCAAGCCUACAGUAUGGACAAACCGUCUGAGGGAGCGCUUUUUAGAAGGAUUUGUUUCUUUCCUAAGGAUUUUAACUUGCAUGCAGGGAAUGGAAGAGAUAAAAAGACAGAUUGGUCAGCACAUUGAGGUGGAUCCUGACUGGGAAGCAGCCAUUGCUAUACAGAUGCAGCUAAAGAACAUACUCUUGAUGUUCCAAGAGUGGUGUGCCUGUGACGAGGAGCUGUUGCUGAGGGCCUACAAAGAAUGUCAUAAAGCUGUGAUGAGGUGCAGCACAAACGGCCGCUCACGGGAAAAGACAGUGUUUCACUUAUGUGGCCAUACUUUGGAGAGUAGACCUUACAGAGUGUCUUCAGAUCCUGUCAGCAUACAUUUACCACUUUCUAGGACUCUGGCAGGUCUUCAUGUACAGUUAAGCAAGACUGGAACCAUCUCAAGAUUGCAUGAGUUUGUUUCUCCUGAAGAAUUUCAAGUGGAGCUGCUAGUAGAAUAUCCUUUGCGGUGUCUUGUUUUGGUUGCUCAGGUUGCUGCGGAGAUGUGGAGAAGGAAUGGUCUCUCCUUGAUAAGUCAGGUAUUCUAUUAUCAAGAUGUUAAGUGCAGAGAAGAGAUGUAUGAUAAAGACAUCAUCAUGCUCCAGAUUGGUGCAUCUCUUAUGGAUCCGAACCAAUUCCUAUUGCUCUUGCUCCAGAGAUAUGAGCUUGCUGAUGCUUUCAGAAAGAUCAAGCUCACCAAAGAUCAGGAUUUGAUCAAACAAUGUAACGUACUAAUAGAAGAAAUGUUACAGAUUAUCAUCUAUGUUGUGGGAGAAAGAUAUGUGCCUGGUGUGAGUAAUGUGACAAAGGAGGAUGUUAUCAUGAGAGAAAUCAUCCAUCUACUGUGUAUUGAGCCAAUGGCUCACAGUGCAAUUACCAAAUCCUUGCCUGAAAAUGAGAACAAUGAAACUGGCUUGGAGAAUGUAAUUGAUAAAGUAGCAACAUUUAAGAAACCAGGUGUGUCUGGACAUGGAGUUUAUGAACUGAAAGAUGAAUGCUUGAAAGAAUUCAAUAUGUUCUUUUAUCAUUAUACUAAGACCCAGCAUAGCAAGGCAGAACACACACAGAAGAAAAGAAGAAAACAGGAAAACAGAGAUGAAGCAUUGCCACCACCGCCUCCUCCAGACUUCUGUCCUGCAUUCAGUAAUGUGGUGAGGAUUUUGAACUGUGAUGUAAUGAUGCACAUACUGCGAACCAUCCUUCAGAGAGCAGUAGAACUGGAAACACACUUGUGGACUGAAGCUAUGAUUCAAAUGGUGCUCCAUCUCCUUUCUUUAGGGUUAUUAGAAGAGAAGCAGCAGUUACAGAAGUCUCCAGAAGAAGAAGUAACAUUUGAUUUUUAUCACAAAGCAACAAGAAUGGGAAGCUCAGCCCUGAAUGCUGUAAAUGUAUUAAUGCUUCUGGAAAAAUUAAAAAGAGUUCCUCAGUUGGAGGCACAGAAGGACACAGUCAUUUGGAUACUGCAGAUGUUUGACACAGUGAAAAGAAUGAGAGAAAAAUCUAGUUUGACAGCAGUAGUGGCUCCGUCAGGCUCAGAAACUGCAAAAGGUGAUGAGACACAGAGCACUCAAGAUAAAGAGAAAGCUGAGCGAAAGAGAAAGGCAGAAGCAGCUAGGUUGCAUCGUCAGAAGAUCAUGGCUCAGAUGUCUGCUUUGCAGAGGAAUUUCAUUGAAACCCACAAACUCCUUUAUGAAAACACGUUGGAGGCACAGGGGAAAGAAGAUGCUAUUAUGGAAGAAGAAAGCAUGUCUUCAGGAAUUGAUUACUCCAGAAUUGCUUUGGGUCCCAAACGAGGUCCAUCCAUUGCUGAGAAGGAAGUUCUGACCUGUAUUCUUUGUCAGGAGGAGCAAGAAGUAAAGCUGGAAAGUGCUGCUAUGGUAUUAUCUGCUUGUGUCCAGAAAUCAACUGCCUUAACUCAGAAUAGGAGCAGAAUUCUUGAACUCUCAGGGGAUACAGUAGAUCCUCUGUUCAUGCAUCCUGACUUACCAUGUGGAACCCACACAGGAAGCUGUGGCCAUGUGAUGCAUGCAGCCUGCUGGCAGAAGUACUUUGAAGCCAUGCAGCUGAACUUCCGACAACGCCUGCACGUUGAACAGAUAUUUGACUUAGAGAAUGGAGAGUAUCUUUGUCCACUUUGCAAAUCUUUGUGCAAUACUGUGAUUCCCAUUGUUCCAUUGCAGGCUCAAAAAAUAAACAGUGAGGAUGCAGAGGCAGUAGCUCAAAUUCUCUCCCUGGCUAGGUGGCUGGAAACCAUCAUAGUCAGGAUAUCAGGCUACAGUGUGAAAAAUGCGAAAGGAGAUCAACAAAAUGCUCCAGCUUUUGUCAGCAAGGGAUUGGGGAACUCUGCUUUGGAAUUCCAUUCUAUCCUUAGUUUUGGAGUUCAAUCCUCGGCCAAAUACUCAAGCAGCAUCAAGGAGAUGCUUAUUCUGUUUGCAACCACCAUUUAUAGAGUUGGACUAAAAGUUGCUCCAAAUGAAGCUGAUUAUCGGAUUCCUAUGAUGACCUGGAGCACGUGUGCUUUUACCAUCCAAUGUAUAGAAAACCUCUUGGAAACAGAGGGGAAGCCUUUAUUUGGAUCUCUACAAAAUAGACAGCACAGUGGCCUUAAAGCAUUAGUGCAGUUUGCAGCUGCUCAGAGAACAACAUCACCACAGGUCCUGAUUCAGAAACAUCUGGUUCGUCUUCUAGGAGUUCUUCUACCAAACUUUAAAACAGAAGACACUCCAUCCCUCUUAGAAGUAGAUAUGUUCCACGUUUUGGUGGGAGUUGUGUUAUCAUUUCCAUCUUUAUAUUGGGAGGAUGCUGUAGACUUGCAACCUUCAUCAAUUAGUUCGGCCUAUAACCACCUCUACCUCUUCCAUCUGACAACACUAGCACACAUGACACAAAUUGUUAUCUCUUCAGCAACAGAAUCCCCUACUGCUCGAUCAUAUGACAACAGUGAGGAGGCAUGCUCUGCGCAGGCUUUCUGUAGAGAAGUUUGUCAGUACACCAGUGGUUGCUUUAGUCAGGAUAUUCCAGGCUGGCUUGUGUGGGAUUGUGUUAAGAGAGGCAUCAUGCCUUAUCUUCGUUGUGCUGCUUUAUUUUUUCAUUAUUUGCUGGGAGUUUCUCCACCCGAGGAGCUACUACAAGUUUCUGAAGAAGGGCAGUUCAAGGCACUUUGUAGUUACCUCUCUCUACCCACCAAUUUAUUCCUGCUCUUCCAGGAGUACUGGGACACUGUAAAUCCGCUCCUUCAAAGGUGGUGCACUGAUCCAGUGGUGCUAAGUUGCUUGAAGGGCAAGAGCACUGCAAUAAGGUAUCCUCGGAAAAGAAAUAGUUUAAUAGAGCUUCCUGAAGAUUAUAGCUGCCUUCUGAACCAAGCAUCGCAGUUUAGAUGCCCACGGUCUUCUGAUGAUGAACAGAAACAUCCAGUAUUAUGUUUAUUUUGUGGGGCUAUGUUGUGUUCCCAGAAUACUUGCUGUCAGGAACUUGUGAAUGGAGAGGAGUUGGGAGCCUGUACUUCUCAUGCUCUCCAGUGUGGAGCUGGAGUCUGUAUGUUUCUCAAAAUCAGGGAAUGCAAAGUUGUCCUCAUAGAAGGUAAAACCAGGGGCUGCUUAUAUCCUGCUCCAUACUUGGAUGAAUAUGGAGAAACAGAUCCAGGUCUGAAAAGAGGCAAUCCUCUGCACUUAUGUCGGGAGCGUUACCGGAAGCUGCAUCUGCUAUGGCAGCAACACUGCAUCAUAGAGGAAAUUGCCAGGAGUCAAGAAACCAAUCAGAUCUUCUUUGGGUUCAAUUGGCAGCUGCUCUGAGUCUCUUUGUUUUAGUGAAAUCUUUUACAUUUGGCAGUGCUUUGGAAAUGGAAAGGGGAGUGGCAGCAAAUGUUCUAAAGUGGGUUCUGUAGUUCAGAUGCAAUUGAUGGAUUCUCGAGGUUGGAUGUAGUGCUAAUACAGUGAAACAGAAUUUCAUGUCAAUUGUCUUGCUUUGUUUUAUUUCUCAAAAGGAAAACUACCUUGUAUAAUUAUUACUGAACCUUCACAUCCAGAAAUAUUUCCACUUUUUUUUUUUUAAAGCUGCCGUCGUCUCACAUGUUUGACAAGGACAGCUUUCCAAAUCCUGUGCUUUAGGGCACAUAUAUUUGUCUCUUCCUUGCCUUGAGAAUAUACUUAACUGGUGUUGCUAAGUAAAAAAUAACUUUAUUUUCUUUCUUUUCCCAGGUUUAGUGUGACUUUUAAAUCUGUUGAGAUCUGUGGGUUGGUAGUGGUACCAAGCCGGUAGUAAUCUGUAGUAACAGAAACAGCAAACAUUAAGUUGUAUGAAAAAAGUCUGCAUUCUGCUAUAUCCUGGAAUUUAAUGAAGAGUUUUUAUCAAUAAACUCUUUAAAGGAGAAAUAUGCAUAGAAAGUGGAAUUACCAUCUUGUUUGUUGCAUUAAAAAAAAUAGUCUGUGCUUUUCGCACUGCCAGAACCGCACUUUAUCUAAUGAAUUUGUCCUCUAUUAAUGCUGUAUAUCCUGAGAGGUCUAGGACUACAGCAUUUGGUUAGGUUUUGGUUAGUUUUACUUCUUUCAGUUUUUUUACAUGAAUUUUUUCUUGAAAGCCAAACAGGAAGAUAACUGCUGUAGUAUAUCUCUGCAAGUUACAUAGGAGCCUGAGACUUCAAAGUAGACUACCUUCAACACUAUCACUGGACUGAAAUCAAGGCCCUAAAUUCCAGUCAGCCUUGGAAUUAGAAAUAAAUUUCUUUGCCCGUGUUUGGGAAACUUUCCACUCUUCAUCCUCUGUCAUAAUUGUUUGGAGCCCUGCCUGCAAAAAUGAAAGCGUGUUUUGGGGGUUGCGUUCAGCACUAGGAGCAGAAAAGUGAAAGAAGAUAAGUAUGUCUCUCUGCCCUUCAGUAGUUAAUGAUACAUUGUGAUUGAGCUCUCUCUUAAGGCUAUAAGAUUGUGCUUCAGUUCUAAAUGUCUUUUUUGUUUUGUUUUCCAAAUUACAACUAUAACAUACAUGAGAGAUUUUGUUAUGUAAUGGGUAAAAAUGCUUUCCAAGGAAAUCACAUUGGUGUCAAAGCUGGAAGUUUUCAGUAUUCUUAAUUUCCCCUCCCUUUGCUAUUUGGAUUUUUUAAUGUCAUUUUAAUAAGGCUCACAAGGGAAAGUUUUCAAAAUAAUAUCUGAGAAUGUUUUUUUCUAUUGUUUCCUUUAACUUUUUUUUACUGUUUUAUGACAUGUAGUAGAAUCUCAGAUAAUGAUUUAGAUAUAAAUAGAGCUGUUCUCCUAGUUUCUUAAAGCUUUUAGAGUACAUGAGUCCACUGAACAGCACCAUAAUUCAUCUAAAAGUGGAGUACAGGUAGACUUGAGUAUUAUGAUUUGCAAUUCUUUUUUUCUCUUCAAGAACUUUUGCAAUAAUCCUUCCCUGGUGAUAUAAACAGCUGGCUUUGGAAUGUUUUCUAGGCCUUUUUUUCUUGCAGUUAUGACUAUUGUCCUUAUCUUGAUUCUUGCAGAUUUUAAACCUGAAUAUACAACCCUUGAAAGCCAACCAUAAUUCUAUUAGUCUUAUCUAAAAUGUAUUUGAAACGUGUAAAGAAUUUAGAAGAGGAGUUGUGAUGAAAGCUUGCAUUCACUGGAGCUAUCUAAGGACAUUGAAACACUUCUUACCAAGAAAAACAUGAAUUCAGACUAGGAAAUUGUGGCUUAUUGAUACCAAAACUGUAUUAUUUUUUUUUUUGCUCAGAGUUUUACCUUUUCAUUUAUCAGAAACUUUCAGUUACCUUGCACUUCAGUGAUAACUUCUGUUAUCAACGAUGAGGUGAAAACACUUAUAUUUUCUGUCUGAACUGUAAUAUAUUUAUAAGGACAGCAGCUGGUUUGAAUAGGUGAGCUCUUGUUUGAAGUUCUAGAAAUACGUUUGUAGCUGGAAAAAUGAGAGAGAAAGAGAAGGGGCAAAGUUGAAUCUCCAUGUAUGUUUGCACAUACUACUUAGCAAAUGGGCUCCCAUAUCAUUCACUGACUGGUGUGUCAUCUUUCAUUUCAUAAAUUACUAUGCAGUUUUGUUCACUGUGAGUAUGAUCUGUAUUUAGUGAUCACAAAAUGCUUAUGCCACCAAUUUUCAUUCCAUCCAGGCUGACAGAAGAAAUUUGAUAAUGCACAUAUUGGUUUCUUUAAUUGCAAAAAUGUAAAUUUGAAACUUGUAUAAUGUUCUUGUGCUUUUGAAAUAAAAUAUCUUGUAUAUGUAUAUUUAAAAAAGGAAAUAAAGUAACUUCUCAUAGUUUAUUCCACUUUUAUUUGAAGGCACUUUCACACUUCGCAGCUGAUUUUUUGCAAGAGUAUUACAGAAGGUCUGACAACAUGGAAAAAAGGGAAGAAUUAUUAAACAGUGGUAAACUGUGAUCCACAUAAUCAUUGUUCCAGUGAGUGAGUACUGGUGGCACAGUUUUCCUUAUUUAAAUAAACAUUCCACUUGAAACUUAUCCUAAUAUUUUAAAGAUGCAAACUUCUGCAGUGUUUAUCUCAAUUUUUAAAAGAAGUUGUAAGCAUAUAGGGUAAUAAUCAAAGGUCUUUUAACUGAUUGGUUGAGUGAUUCUGGUUUUAUAGCUCUCAAAGUAGAACUUGUCACGUUGCCUGUCAGAUACUGAACCUCUUGAAUGUAGAAGCUUGUGUUUUGUCUGAUGUUCUGUGUGAUACAUAUGGAAAACAAAUUUGUUCCAGAGUUGAGCAAACAGACAAGAAAUAUCUUAUGUAUGAAGAAGCAAGAAGUACUGACUAAUUGUCUAUCCCACAAGCUCAUGGCUGUCACCACUUUCUCACUGCUUUGUUGUAACUUCAGAUGCCAUUAAGCUUAUUGAGUUUGAGUUAAUGGCAUUACUCUCUGCGUAUAUUCUUAAUACAUCAAUUUUUUUUAAGAAAUAAUUCCUGAAAAGCUCAAAGGUGGGUUGAUUUAACAUCUAGAAAAAGUGUUCUGUAAAACAGUAAGUCCCCCUUUUUUUUUUUUAAGAAAAAAAGGAAAAAAAAGAAGCCACAGCACUGUGUCUAAGAGAUUCUAAGAAUCUCAAGGUGCAGUGUAGAAAAUAAUACGGGGGGAUGAUUAUGGCCAUGAUAUGUUUUCUUCAAAGAUGAAAAUUGUUUCAUUUCUGUGACACAGUCUUGUAUUUUUUUUUAUCUAUGUUUUGCAGAUGGAGGCUAAGUUUAUUUGAUAUAGAAAACAAAUGAAAAACGAAUACUGACUGCUCUGCAAGUCUCUAAAAUCCAAUUAGUCCUUGUCGUAGCUCCGUUUCUGCAAGCUUACAUUGUGCGGUUGAAAGUGUAGAUUAAAGAGGAGCUGUUGAAGAAAUGCACUUGAGAGAGAGACCUGAAAUUACAUGCAUUGCUUCUUGCAAUGAUGAUUGAGGUGUGAGACCAGGUAUGAAGUUAAACAUGAAACACUGAAAGUUGAGCCUGAGCUUUCUUAUUUUUGUGUUGCUUGUUCAUGAGGUCACUGUCAAGAAACAGGACUGUAGUUUAAGCAAUUUAACUGUAGGCUGUCCUAGACUGACCUAGGAAAUUUCUAGGCUUCAUGCUUGAAUGAAUGGACCUGCACACCAUGCAAAGCAGGGACUGGCACUGUGGGUUUAAUGGCCAUCUUAAGCCCUUUGUUUAUCUGGGGAACUGUGGCAGGGAUUUUUCUGCAAACUGCAGAAUGUCUCCUCGCAGUACCUGGAUUGUAAUACUAGCUUCUUUAGGUAAAGGUAGUUAAGUGCAGUCUAGGACUUGGAGAGAGGCCAUUCUGAUGCAUCUUGGAGUUUCUGCUUGAAGGUUUUGCAAAACAUAACCGUGGCAGCUUGAGAAAUAAUCUACCUAAGAUGAUAAAAAUGUUCCAGGUUUCUUUUGUCUGUUUUUUUAUUCUAUGAAUUAUGCUGCAAUUAAAAAUGGCAAAACCAAUGUGCUUUAGGAUUGUGAUACUGAAAAAUGGUCUAAGAAUAUUUAUUUUCCCAGUUCAGACAUGCACAGAUUAAACUAUGGAGUAGGAGUAUUGUGUGGAGACUAAACUGUUACCACAAUGGGAAACUGGUAAAAUGUGUACCAAAUGAUUUGUCAAGUUUCAAUGUCAUUUGUUGUGUUGGAGGGAACUGUAUGAUCACACACCAGUUAAAUCAGUUUGCGUAGGGGAGGCUUCCAGCUUCUAAGGGAAUACAAAUGAAAUUCUUAAUGUGCAAUGUUCAUAUGUGAUUCAUUAUAUUCUUUAUGAACAGUGUAAAGCAAGUGUCUUCUGUGGUAGUCAGAGUGCUUUAAAGGAAGAGCAUCAUAACUGUAGUUCCUGCAGGAGCCAUUGCAGUCCUUCAGCAGGAACCAAAUAUUAAAAUGUUUCAGUUUUAUGAAGAGCUCCAUAAAAAGAUUUUACAGUUUUAGAUAGAGGUGAAUUCCUUGCUCUGGAAGUUGCUGGAGUUUCUUACACAAAUGUAUUGUUGUUAAUUCAGACUGGAUUAGGCAUUAAUAACAAAUAGGAUAAGAAGUGUCCCACAAAUCGUAUUUAUUUCUGUAUCUGAGCAGAUGCUACGGAUUAUAGGCUUGGCUUGCUAAUGCCAUCUUUGUCUUUAUAAGUUGCAGAGAAUUAAAGAAAGUCUACAGUGCUACCUGAGUUUGUUUUUUUGAUAUAGUGGCAGUAAUUAGUUUAGUUAAUUACACAAGUUAAUUUCACAAGUUUUCACACAGCUGUUUCUGCGUCUUUUCAGCAGUUGUCUGAGAGAAAGAUUGACAAACCAAAUAUUACUUUUUUAUGGUAAAAUGCAUCCUCUUCAUGUGAAAAUGAUCUGUGUGAACUAUAGGAAAAGUGUAGCCAGAUAUUGAUAGCACUGCUCGUCGUGCUGAUGUGGUAUAGCGCUACUUACUGCUUUAAAUUGGUGUCAUUUUACAGAGACACUCGGUCUGGGUGGCCAUUUUGGUUCGCUCUUCUGCUGAACCUGUUUUUCAAAGCAAGUUCCAUGACCAACAGGGACCUCUGCUAGAAAACUGGAAAAAGCUGUUGUAAUUCUGUAAGCUAAAUGAAUGGUCUAGAGAGAUUGUAUGUGGUGCAUGAUGCCAGGUUUCAUCUGCUUCUAAAGUUAAAAAAUUUCCUGAUGGUAAAACACAUUUAUAUAAUACGGAGCAAAAAUCCCCUUAAAAAAUAUAAAUGAGCUUGUGCUCUUAUUCCAUGUCUUAUAACAGUUUUCAUCAAGCUGAA